GUGCAUUAUUGUAUUUUAUGAUAUUUUUUUCUUUUAUUCUUCUAUAUAGACCAUAGCCUAUCACCAAGCAUGCGUUAUAGGCUGACCUAUAUAUUUUCAUUUUGCAUUUUAUCCUAAAUGUACUAUUUUUUUUUUUUUUUUAAAAGGCAACUCAGACUUGCAACAAAAUAAGCAGUAGACAAAUGAAACUGAUGCCGCGUUUUCAUCUGGAUACACUCGGUUCUUGUCCUCAGUUGUUCUCCAUUUUCGACAGUGUGUAGCCUACAUGACAGGCGUGCAGUCCCUGUACAUGUGGAUCACUGGAAGGCGACCUGUUGUGUGACGAGUGGGCUUUUCCAAAUAAGGCGAACUGGGAUUGUGCGAUUUUGCCAACUUCGCAUGAAUGUUGCUUGGGGGUUGGCUGCUUAUGACAAGAAGAGAAAAACUUCCUGAAGUGCCGGCCUCAAUUAAGUCACCGUCUCACCGCUCGCCUGGCUCACUCUUCAGCUUGACAGACAGUGCUCACUUGGAAAUCAGAAUGAACAACAACAGAGAAAACGCUGUUUCUGUUUUAUGAACCAUCUAAUUACGCCAGUGGGUUAAUUUCCUAAGUUGCUCUCGUCUCUUGUUUCACUGUCAAGUUAAAAACAAGUGCAGGCGGAAGCGGCAGGAAUUUGGAUUUUUUUUUUUUUUUUUUUUUUUUUUAAAUGCAUAAGUGCGAAUUUUCGGCCCGAUCAGCCGCACUUAGUCUGAUGUUACACAGUCUGUCCCACUGGCUCCUGGGGUCUGAGGGAGUCCACUGCAAAAUGAGCAGGUUGAACAUCAGUGGGUCGCGCAGAGGAGGGAGAAAUGAAUGCUGAUGCCACUCUUGUCCCAACUCUGCACCCAUGGUGUAAAAUCCCCAAGACGACCCAUCUGCAUCUCGCAAAGACUGACGCAGCUGCAAGGACCUGGUUCAAAAAGCUGCCCGUCCUGCAAGUGAGAGAAUGGAGCCCGGUGGGUGCCUUACUGUCCCGGAUGAGCCUGAACCCUGCCAGGACCCCCAGCUGACAGAGACACAGCUGGACUUCUUCCACAAGCUUGGAUACUCCACGGCACAAGUCCAGACUGUCCUUCAGAAGUUCGGCCUGAACACAGACACCAACAGGGUGCUGGGGGAGCUGGUCCGGAUCGGGGCCGUACCGGCAGCAAAAGAGGGGCUGGUGACCACGAUGACGAUGCUGGUGUCCAGCGGGGACGGCCAGGCCAAGGCCCCCGCCCUGCUGCUGCCGGUCUCACCUCCUCAGAGCAGAGAAGAGGCCAGCGAGGAUGGAGAUACUCUAAGACCCAUCGUCAUUGAUGGAAGCAACGUGGCCAUGAGCCAUGGGAACAAGGAAGUUUUCUCUUGUCUGGGAAUCCAUUUUGCUGUGAACUUCUUCCUGGAAAGAGGCCACUCUGAUAUCACCGUGUUUGUUCCCUCUUGGAGGAAGGAGCAGCCCAGACCAGAUGUCCCUAUUACAGAUCAGCACAUCCUGCGAGACCUGGAGAGGAAGAAGAUUCUGGUGUUCACACCUUCGAGGCGCGUGGCGGGGAAACGAGUGGUCUGUUACGACGAUCGCUUCAUCGUCAAGCUUGCGUACGAGUCUGACGGCGUCAUUGUGUCCAACGACACGUACCGGGAUCUGCAGGGAGAGAAGCCGGAGUGGAAGCGCUUCAUCGAGGAGAGGCUGCUCAUGUACUCCUUUGUUAACGAUAAGUUUAUGCUUCCCGAUGAUCCUCUGGGACGCCAUGGACCAACUCUGGAGAACUUCCUCCGCAAGUUUCCAAGGACUCACAAAAAACAGCCCUGUCCCUAUGGAAAGAAAUGCACCUAUGGAAUCAAAUGUAAAUUCCACCAUCCGGAGCGAGCCACCCAGUCCCAUCGCUCUGUGGCGGAUGAGCUUCGGGAGAAGGCAAAGCUCCCUUCAGCCCCUCCAAAACAAUCUGCACCAGGCUCCGGGCCUGGGUCUGCCCAAAGCUUUUCUCUGGAGGAGAUGGCCCAGAAACUGUCCCUAGAUCAGUGGAGUGGCUCCUUUAGAAAAGAUCAUACAAGCGAAAGUGUUGCUGUGGUGAGGGGAAGUCAUCGCUCCAGCAAGAGGGGAUCAUCGAGGAAGGAGAAGACCAGCCAACACUCUUCUUCUGACCUGGACUCGCAGGUGCACAGUGGCUCCCACGAGCAGCUGGACUCUGGAUUGGGCUCCAUAGAUAGCCAGUCAACAGAGGCUCCGUGGGGUCACUGUGAUCAUCGCUAUGGGACGGGGUACAGGUGCUGCCAGCCCAUUCACAAUAUAAGACAGCAGUGCUGUCCCAAAAAUGUGUCUGUCCCUAACAGUGCACCGUGCAGCUGCUGCUCCCCUGCUCCUCCCUCACUGCGGACCACAGCUGGUUUCCAACACCAAAGCCACAGUCAUGGCAUGGGGCCAGCCGUCAGCCACAGCUCAGACAUGAUGGGCUACGGCCCCCCUCAUUACCACAGCUACGGCGCACCAGUGUAUCCAGUCAGUAUGCAUGCAUACAGCCAACCGGGAGAUUUCAGAGUCCACAGCCACCAGCAGCCCCUGUUCUGGUCAGAUCCGUGUGGAGUUUAUCCUCCGCACAGCAUGGCGGGGGAGCGAGAGCACUGGGAGCCUCACCAGGAGAGAGAGGUUGUCCGAAAGAAGCUCCUUGCUAUCUUUAACGCCUGCCUGGUGGACAAAGCCAUGGAGAUGUUUCCCCAGCUGAUGGAUCCCCAGAUGCUGGCGGCUGAAAUCCUCAUGCUGCAGAGUCAAAGCAGAGCCCUGAGAUAGGACAAGUCCUGUUCUAUGCUCAACCCAUGUCUUUCAAGGGAAAGGAUUUUCAUUCAGAAGGCUGUGUAAGCCACGAUAAAUGUGUCAUUUUGUAUAUUGUUGUAUUGUGGUAUCCACCUUGCAGGAAACUGUGUUUCUACUGAGAAUGCUUUGGAAUCAUAAGCUGUGUUUGAUUAUAUCUACCCUCUGUGAACUAGAUCAAAUAAGAGGAAGUAUACAGUUGAUACAAAUUGUAUCUUUAAUAAAAAAUAGAAAUGGAAAAGUGGAUUUAAAUGCCCAUUUGGGUUUAAGGAGGUUCACGUAACUUGUAAAUAUACUAUUACAUAUGUUGUCAUAGAUAAAAUGAAUGUACUGAAUAAGAUGUAAUCAUUUCAUAUGGCGUAUUGGCACUGUGUGCCAGUGUUGAUUUUGUAGAUUUGGUCUAGGCAAUAAAUCAUUUUGUGAUAAAAUAAUGAUGCACAAACAUUUGUUAUUCAGAGCAGGGAUAUUAUUUCUCUAUUACACAGAAGAUCAUAGUUGAGACGUGUUUUCACAGCUUUGCUUUCUGGGGUCAUGCCAAACUGAAAACAUCACUGUCAGGAAAUUUGUUUUUGGCAGUUAACCACAGCACUUUAUGCUGUUUUAAUAAAGGGCGUAUUGAUUCAUGUUUGCUUGAGAAGAAUGUGUUAUUGAUCUGUUUUCCAUUUUGAUGUAUAGAAAAAGUAGAAAAAGAACAAGUUAUCAAUCUCACUGUCAAAUAAUAAUCUUGUUAUCUUUUCCAGGACUCUGCAGUACCAAACAUGUCUGUGUGUGAACUUUGAGAAUCUUUCAAAGAAAACUCCUCUAGAUAUCUCAACCUUAGUCUGUUCUGCACAGGUACAUUUCUUCAGCACACACAUUCAAAGCCGUUGGAUUACUUGACCUAGCCAGCGACCUUCACACCUACACUCUUAAGUGGGAAACAUGUACUUGUGUAAUGGGGCUCCAUUUUUCAGUGUGUCUCUUCCUCUAUUUCGGUUCAUGUGACUGGAGGCGUACUUUGUAUCCUUUG